AAGGGAAGAAAAUCAAAAAAUUUGUUUGUUUUUCCAUUUUUAAACCUUUUUCAUAAUACCUCCCAUUAGAUUUGAUAAGAAAAAUAUUUGUACUUUACUCUUAAGGACCUACACCUGUAAACCAUUUUAAGUUUAGAAACCAGCUGGGCUGUUGUACAUUUUGACUGUUCAAAAUUUAGGUAGUACCCUAAAAUGUCAUAUCAUAAACACAGGGGUGUCAGGGGUCGAGGGAAGCUGUACAUGCCCCACAAUGAUCAAAAAGAUUUCCCUUCAAAUCACAAGAGUUAUUCGAACCAUAAUAGUGAUAGGAAGAGAAAUUUUCAAACCAUAUCCAAGCAUGACAAUAAUUGUUGCCGAGAUAUUAGGAUUAAUCUUAAGUUGAGCGAGGAAGAAAUGAGCUUUUUUGAGGAUUUAAAUAAAUUGUUUCAAAUGUUGAAAAAAAGUCCACAAGUGAUAUCGAAGCUGGAUUUAUUUUUCAAUAAUAGUCCAAAUCCCUAUGAACAGUUCCUAAAGCUUCUGUACAACUGUCAAGAUUUUUAUUGUGCAAAAAACAAGUCACUACCCAUGUGCUUAAUAGAGGAGUUCCGGAGAUGGUCUACAAACUAUAGAAAUAAAAUUGGGCACCUCUUGACCACUGAGUUAAAAAUCGAUGCAUUCAAAGUGGUCACCAAACAAAGUUUACCAUCAGUGACAAAACUUGUUUUUGAGAUUUUCGAACUGGCUCAAGAAAGUGAUAUUUUUGUAGAGAUUAUUAAGUGUUUUAUAGAUAGGAAACUAUAUAAAGAGGCCUGCCAAUAUACUGCCAUUUUAGGCCUGCAUAAUAUGUUUUCCAUUCAAGACUUCUUGGUUCCAUUAAUCAUCCAAGAUAAGCCUCAAUGUGCAGAUGAUUUUUUACAUGGUAGCAAAAGGCACCAGGCCGAACUUGUUGAAUUUUUAGAUGGGGUAUUAAGUAAUACAUCAGUAAGGGAAACAAUGGGGCACUAUAUUAAUGAAAAGGAAAUACCAGAUGCCAAAUUUGACAAGAUGCACAGCAAGUCCUGGAAAAAAAUUAUUGUCAGGCUGGUUAAGAUGUUUAAACUGUCCAGUGAUUUGACGCCGAAUUUGAAUCGGCGUAGGAAUGAAGGCGCUUUACAGUUUUUGUUAAGAAAAAGAUUUGUUGAGAAUAGUUUUGGGGAUGAAAGUUGGAAAGAGAUGGUCCAAGAGGCUGUAGGAGAAGAGGACAAACUUAAGAUAGAGCUUAUUGUUGGAGUGGCUCAGUAUGGAGAAUUUGCCGAGGCACUUAGAUGGGCUCAUUUUUACAACAUUGAUAGAAAAGACUGGCCUUAUAAUGUCAGAAUGCUUGAGGAAAACAGGUUACCCCAUACAGAAACCUUUCAAUUGCCUGCAGAAGACUGGGAUGAACCUGCAGAAAACAAAAUUCAAUAUCAUCAGUACUCACGAUCGCCUGAUACGAUAAUUUUGGUGGAUGAACCUCUCAGUUUUGAGAACUUCCUGGAUUCUUUAGAGGGUGUGGACGUGGUUGGAAUAGACUGCGAGUGGAAACCGAGUUUCGGCGGUGGCCACAGCGAAUUAGCCCUAUUACAAAUCGCUUCCAGAAAAUCAGUCUUUGUGAUCGAUAUCGUUAAUUUGGGACACAAAAUGCCUCAUCUUUGGCUUGAACUGGGGAAAUUUUUGUUCAACAAUUGUGAUAUUUUAAAAUUAGGUUUUGGCCUAUCAAGUGAUCUUCACAUGAUUAGGCAAGCGCUGCCUAAUUUGAACUUGAACGCGAAACAAAUAGGGUUUUUAGAUUUGUGUAUGUUGUGGAAACAUGUGGAGAAAUAUCCGAAAAUUGUGCUGCCUUAUGAAGUUAAAACUGGAGGGGCCAGCCUAAGUACUUUAGUACACCACUGUUUGGGACAUCCCUUAGAUAAAUCUGAACAGUUUUCAAACUGGGAAAAACGGCCUUUAAGGCAGUCACAAAUUGAGUAUGCCGGACUGGAUGCAUACUGCCUCAUAGAAGUAUAUGACGUGCUAAAAAAAUGCUUCGAGGACGCAAACUGUCCCUUCGACGACAUCUGUUUCAAUCUAAUACAGCACGAGAAAUCGCCAAAGAAAAAGGCGAAGAAGGGCAGGAAUUUGAAUAAAACAAAACGCGAAGAGAAUAUUACCGCACAACCCCCCAGUCCCCACGCGAAGCAAAUAGAAGCACACGAAUUGAAAAUUGUAUGUGACACAAUGCUACAGGGUUUGGGAAAAAAUCUGAGGAGAUGUGGGGUGGACACUGCCAUUUUAGAAAAUAACCAGGACCAUAAGGAAUGUGUGAAGUAUGCUAUAGAUGAGAAGAGAUAUAUCGUGACCAGGGGUGCUAGUUUUACAAUGUUAAACGGAUACGUACCAUCGGGCCACUGCUACAGAGUAAAAUCAGAUCAAGUGGACGAACAAUUGCAAGAAGUGCUCGACUAUUACAAAGUUAUCGUAACAAAACAGCACGUUUUUAGCAGAUGCAUGGCUUGUAAUGGCAACAGUUUCGCCAAAGUGCCCAAAGAAACGGUUCAGGCGCUGUACGAGAAGUCGGCAGCAUCAAAGUACGGCCCCGAUUUGGACGAUGAAGGAGAUGAGGCCACCGGGUUUACCAGCGAUGAGGAUUUUGACGACGUGGGUUAUGGACUUGGGAAAUCAUCGGGGAGGCCGGAUUAUGGGAGCAGUAGGAAAUGGGAUCUGUAUACCGAUGAACGAAUUGACAUAGGAUUAUGCCAAACACGUUUGGGCGCUCAAAUAGGGAUCAGACAGGUGCCUCCGGCAGUGAUCAACUCCUACGAUUUCUUUUAUAUUUGCGAGGAAUGUGGUAAAGUUUACUAUGACGGCUCCCAUUUCGAACGGGUACUACAGGGAAAGCUCCAAGGGAUCGUGCAUUAAAAUACAUUAAGGAUUCUUUUAUAAGUAAACUUUUUAAUUGUUGAGUUGGUAUUUUAUUAUUAAACUUUUUUGAGAGU